AUGACGACCACUCCUCCUCACCACCAGAACACAAGGACGUUCCACACGACCCCACCAGACCCUCGCCGCCCGCGCCAACCACUCGCACACAACGCGGAGCCCGUCCCGGAGCAGCCCCCGCCGACCGAUUUCGGGCGCAUGGACGUGCUCUCGGACGUGGCCGUCCCCGCCACGGCGGUCGACAAGUGUCUUCCCGACGGGUUCGUGCUGCACGGGCAGCAGGGCGGCGGCAGGAACGGCGAGGACGAUGAGGGGGUAAGGGUCACCAUUGCCGGAGGGGACGGGGCGCUGCUUGUUGCCGGGGAGGCGUUUCGUUGGCGGCCUUGGUUGGUUAAUAAUAGUAGUCAUAAUGAGACUGGAAAUGGUGGUGGUGAUGCUGGGACAACAACAAGGACGGGGAAGACGGGGAGGAGGCAGCUGGUGAACUCGCGCGGGCAGGUGGAGAUUAAUCCCCAGGCGUUUGGGGUGUUGAGUCUUGUUUGGCCGCGGCCCGAUCUGUUGAUUCUCGGGCUGGGCGCGGAGAUACGGCCGCUUAGUCCUGCCACGAGGCGGGCGAUUAGCGACCUAGGGAUACGGGUCGAGGUGCUGGACACGAGGAACGCGGCGUCGCAGUACAAUAUGCUAGCAACGGAACGGGGGGUGGAGGACGUGGCUGCUGCGUUGAUACCCAUGGGGUGGAACGAUGGGGAGUGA